AUGCGCAACGGCCGGUCGCGGGCUUCUUCUCGAUGGGGGGGAUGUAGAGAAGUAAAAGAGUUAAAUAAGUCGCCCGUCCGUCCACCGUUUUUUACGGGCGCGUUCCAACCCCCGCCAGCCCGUCCCAGAUAUCAUCUCACCGAGCUCGAGCAUGGCAGAAAAGGUAUUCUCUUACACAAAGUUCAACUUCGACGCUCUACUCUCCCUCGCAGGACGACUUCGGCGCCGACAAUGUACAUGCGAGGUGACGGCCACGCCAAAGACAGGAAUGGUCACCAUGACAUUGCCUCUGGCGAGACUACGCAGAAAAUGCUCCUCAGUGAAGUUGCGACCCUCAAGUUUCCAAGGGCCAAUACCUCUGUCCCUGUUCCAAAAGUAUCUCUAUUUUUCUUAUUUUCCGUUGAUCCCCAUCGCCCGCUCUCGGAUUAUGGCUGGGCCGAUGUUCGGCGCGCCAAUUACCAGGAUGUCCGCAGCAGCUUCGCCCGCUUCUGCCACUGCCAGAUGGAUCGAGAAAAAGUGAAGCAGCAGCUGGGAGGUCUGCUGCGACAGCUAUCGACAUCAAGACGUCGGAUGGUGUCGAAUCAUGACAUAUUACUAGCACUGUUCAAGACUCUGGCAGGUGUUACCAUCAUCUGCGCCUAA